UUCUUCUCCUCUUCUUUCUCCAUUCACCUCCACUACUUACUCCAUCUUCUCUCUCCCUCUUGCUUCUAUUACCAAACAAUGCUCGGUAUGCUUCCCCGCUUCUGACCUGUCGACUAAACGCUCCCCCCAGUCAUCUGAAACCGCCCCGUUUCAGAGCAGGCGACGCAUUGGCACAAAAGAUCCCCGGUGCAUUAUUGGCGUGCGGGUGAGGGACACAGCCACCGACCUGGCUCGUUGGCGCUUCCCCGUCUGCCCACCAGCGUGCAUCCUUCCUCGGGUCUUUUGCCCCUAUGUCCCCUAAAAAAGAUGCUGGACGCGGAUAAUUGAACCCAGUGCCCGUCUGCAUUUGUCUCCUCAAAUGUAGACCCUCGUGGGUGAUAUCUACCAUCGACCAUGGAGGAGGAUGUCCGGUUGCCCAACGCGGAGCGGCUUGGCGGCCCCCAUCUCAAUCCCCAGCACGGCUCCCUCAAACUGCACCACGAGCUAUCCAAGAGCACGUCGCUGCAUCGCGAGGCGCAGGACUCGUCCCCCUUCAGCCGUUUGCCUCGGACGGUGAUCGAGCAGAUUCUAUAUGUCGCAGAUGCCAACAGCUUUGCGUCGUUGUCCCUGCUGAACCGGAAAUGGCGCCGUAUCUCCGACUCAACCCUCUUGUAUGCUCACCAUCUAUCCCAAUGCCCGUCCUUUGCCUUGACGCAGAAAGCUACCGAGGAGCCGGCCCAUCCCGGCGAUCUCGCGUUGCUCAAACAGCAAUUUGGCGCCCAGGUCAGGCGGAAUGCUUUUGAGGCAUUCCUGCGGCCUCGCAGGACGCUGAUCAAGCUUACCUCGACGUCCAUGAGCUCGUCGACGGCGUUCCCACAUGGUGAAGCGUUUCGCUUUUCUUUCUCUCCAAAUGCGCAGCUCAUCCUGUGCAUCAGCUCUUCCCGAAUUGUUGUUCUUGAUGUAACCUCGGAUACUGCGGUUGUGAAACAUGAGCUCAAAACAUGGCGACGCCCGUUGCAUGCUGCGAUUGUGGAUGAUGGCUCACUUCUUGCCGUGGCGUCUUCCAGUCAUCGCGUCAAUAUCUACCGCCUGACCAGCGACGAAGCGAGGCACAUUCAGGACCUGGCUUUGAACGAUGUUCCUCGGACCCUGGCGCUCUCCCCGACCGGGGGCGUUCUCGCCAUUGCGUACGACGAUCGAGUCGAGGUGUACGCCAUCGGUGAAGAGGUCCUGGCUACCGAACGAAGAGCGGUGCGCUGCUCCGGGGUUGACUCGGUCUCGUUCUCCUCGGACGGUGUCAUGCUCCUAGGGACCUCCGCUGAUCGCGGCAAUGGCGGCCUGGUUACCAUAACAGUGCCCUUUUACACCGAAUCGGAAGCCGAGUACUCCCCGAGAGAUGCGCAGAUCCGGAUGUGGACAACACAGAUUUUGUUUCCAGACAUCACAACCGGGUUUAGUCACGCGUGUCUGCUUCCCCUGCACGCAGAAGGAGAAGGUAGCUGGAUACUAGGGUUUGACGAGCAGAUGGCCACGUUCAGAGCAUUUGGAGUGCAUAACUCGAACUCGGGCACCACAUAUUUCGUGACUCCGAUGUCUGAUGACGGGUCUCAGGAGUCUUCCCCAGUUAUGCUACCGACCGUGGACGAUCUGGGCGAACUGGUCGCUCUGGGGUUUGAAAAUUCUGGCCUCUGGGUGUAUGGAGUACCUGAUCGUCUGGACAUUGCUCCUGUAGCGCCCAGCGCAAGGUCAUAUAGUGGGGUGGAGGUAGAACAAAGCCCUCCAAUCGCGGAAGCGGCUGCGGCUCGAGAUAGUCUCUCUCGGCUACAACAGUCUGUCACAAAGCCAAAGGUUCUGAUCAGGGGCCAUAAAAUGAGCGAUAUGCCCGGGAUGACGGCGGCCCGCUGGGUGCGCCAUCCAAGCUGUAUGGCGGACCAUCGUCGACUGGUGGCCGUUGCUCCUGGUGGCAUUAGCCCUCCGACCAUCGGCGAAGAAGAUGUGCCAGUCGAUGGCGGACGGGUCCUGUUAUUGGAUUUCGAGCGAUCCCCCAGGAAUGGGGACUCGACCGAACUCAACAUUGAGGUCGGCGAUGCGGAGCCGACGAUGCUGAAUGAGCCCAACUCGAGCCUGGACACUGAGGUUGAGCUGGAACGGAGAAGGACGCGGUUGCAUCGGGGGAACGCUGCUUCGCCGCGGCCGAGAGCCUUUGCGAGGGAAUCAUAUCCAUCGGCCAACUCGGUCACCCACGCUCCUCGGCCAAAUGUUCGCAGAAAUAGCUCCUUCUUCUCAAGCUCUUCGAACGGCGACAUCCAGCAUAUCCCAGAAUCCCCGUAUGACAACACGCAGCCGCGAUCUCGGGACACGCUGCGUCGUGCAGCCACCGCUGCGGCCACUGGCCGGGGACGCCAUAACCCCCGAUACCCAGCUGAAGCACGCCCGGUGCAAGGUCAGAGGCCGGCCCAGGCGUUCCAGGUUCCCCACGAGAGCGACGCCGAUAACUGGGUUCCACCUCCACCUCCCUAUUCUAGCGUGCCUGACGCCCCUCUUCCCGAUUAUCUACGAAGGACCCUCCUACCUUCGAAUACGGAACCUGUCCAUAGAGUCGGCGACGCUCCCACAGAGAUCCGAAGACCCCAGACAAGUCGCCUAGAACGUAUGGUUGACGAGGCCUCCCCUCGCACUUCGCUGCAAAGGCUGCAUACCAUCACCGGCUCGCGGCUCGCGGCUCGCAUGAGAAGGAGCACGAGAGACCCCGAGUCCGAGUUGUCUGAACAGAACAGGAGGCAUACCGUGUUCUUUCGCAGGAGAGGCUCUGUCACGGGCCCGCCACCCAAUCUCCAAGGGGCCAACGGAUUGCAGCUGCCUCUGCCUGAACAAUAUCCUUCUGUCAGCUCCCAGAGCCACCCGCAGCCUUUCAACGGCUCUACCCAGCCGAACCAAUCCCAGUCCGCCCAACGGAGUGACCAUCCGGACGUCCUGCUGGAGGAAUCGGUAGACUGGCAGGAGCCGGUGCCAGCGACUCAGCACGUGGCAUUCAACCUCGACAAUUACCCGUACUCCCUCUCCUCGCCCAACCUCCAGGUUCCCACCCACCAAUAUGACGCCCCCGAAGCUGUGCAGGGUAGUCGGCAUCGUCCCCACUAUGCCCGGGCAAUAGACCGGCGCUCCCAAUCCCAGGAUGUCCGACUCCCGCCCGGGGGGAUCCCACCUCUGAACCGCCGGGCAUCGACGGAUCCCACCCUGUCUACUAGCUCGCAGGUGGCGGCGCACGAGUUGUGGCGCCGACGCAUUGAAGAGUGGAACGAACAAACCAUCUACGAGAGAAGCAAACGCCGAAGCAAAUGUAUAGUGAUGUAGGAAGAUUGUUGGUCGCAUGGCUGGGUUAGACUGUUUAGGUUUUGCGUGAUUUGUGGGACGAGUUAGUUUAUAUACCCGAGUGAAUAUAGUCUCGUAGAGCUGUGCAUAUCUUGUACAUGGAUGAUCAUAAGUGUAGUUACCGAACUGGUUCUGCGAUGAUCCUUUCCGGUCUAG